AGGAAAAAGGUGUGUUUGAUAUGUUUCCUCCCUUCGCGUGCGGACAAUUCUUUGUCGUUUUCCAAGAAUUCUUUUUGAGUGUUCGAUCGAUUUUUAUCAUUUGAUUUUUAUAUCCAAUAUGAGAUGACAUUCUUCUUCAUUCGUGAUUAAAUUUGUUGUGAAUUUUAGUGACGAUGACGAAGUAUUCGACUUUUGUUUUACACCACUGUUACCUAUCGAGAAAGAUUUUUUAACUAUCCGCAAGUUAUUACAAUUCACGUGCGCAAACUGUCAGUAAGUUACUUCGACUACAAAAGUGUAAAGAAAAACAACAGACAAGAAAAAAGUUGUAGCGCCGAAAAAUCGCGAACUUCAAAAUCAUGAAAGUGCUCGUUCAUUGCGUGGUAUUUGUCGUUACAAUUGCAAUCCUGUCUGUGGCGAACGACCUGCCGGACUCGCAAUUGACAAUCUUUAAGUGUUGUAAAUUCAACGAAGAGCUGCAACUGUCGAUCAGACAUUCGGGCGAGAAAUUGCCACCUUGCGUACCAACAUUGUCAAAGUGGAAACCGUUCAUUUACUCACAAAUACAACAGACGCUCAAUCAGUACCUGCCUGCCGAUUGGCGCAUUUUGGAAGAUCGUAGGCCAGAAUGCGACAACCGAUCGGAGCUGAUUCACAUACCGUUCAACAAGUUGAAUCCGGUCGUCCUGUUUAACGACGGAAAGGCAGUGGCGAACGACGAACAAUAUUCCGUAGGCCAGUAUUGUGCCGAUUCGAAUGCGAUCAUCGUUUGCGCAGAGAAAAAGUCGCCGGCCAAUCAUGCCGCCGCGACGAUGAGACCACGAGUGCGACGAUGUUGCGGCGAGAAUGCUGCUUUCCACGAACAUGGAAAUACGUGCGCGCAUGUAAAGGAAAUUGCAGACGCCCCGUCGUUGUUGCCAAACGCAUCGUCCGUCGUUGAGAUUGUAACGGGAUUCCCGAUCUGCGAGAAAUCGGAGAAUUUCACUAUCUUGGGUGACGCAAAAGACGCCACGUUACAGCCGGAUGGCGGCCUAAAGAUAAAUGAAGUCGUUUUACCUAAUGGCCAGUUUUGCAUCGAGAGAAUUAAAGAAUUGAAUCAUGUUGCCAAGGUGUUUGCCUGUCCGGAGCACGCACCUCAAAGGAAAAAGUAA